AUGGAGGUGUCGUGGGCAUCGAUACGCGGGCGCCAGUCUCGUUCGUGGGUGACGGCCAAAGUGCGCGCGUUCAAGCUCGACUCGGAGCCGCACGGCAGCGGCGGCCAGCGCACAAGUCAGGAGUGGCGCACGGCCUCACUCAUGCAUGGGGGCAUGAGUCAUGCCUCCUCGCUGCUCUGCUGGUGGGGCUUGGGCUCGUUUGCGUUGGAGCUCCUCAUGGCGAGGAUCUUGCUCGUCUUCCUCUGA